UCUUUCAUACAACUGCAUAUUUUAUUAUAACCAUGGUCAUCCAACAACCCAACACACAAAUCAAGUUAACAAACGUGUCCAUCGUCCGAUUACGAAAGGGUGGAAAGCGGUUCGAACUAGCAUGCUAUAAAAACAAAGUUAUGGAAUGGCGCUCCAAUGUAGAGACAGACUUGGACGAGGUCUUACAAAUCCACAGCGUAUUCAUGAACGUUUCCAAAGGCCAAGUAGCCAGCAAAGAAGACCUGAAAAAAUGCUUCAAAACCGAGGAUACAGACAAGGUGAUUCAAGAGAUCCUCAAAAAGGGCGAACUGCAAGUAGCCGAAAAGGAACGAUCCAACCAACUUGAAUCCAUGUGGCGUGAUAUUGCCACCAUUGUGACGGACAACUGCGUGAACCCGCAGACCAAACGACCGUAUACUGUCACGAUGAUUGAAAAGGCGAUGCAGGAUUUACAUUUGAGCGUUAAUACGAAACGGAGCACAAAGUCGCAAGCAUUGGAUGUCAUUAAACAGUUGCAGCAAAAGCAGAUCUUGCCGAUCCAGCGAGCCCAGAUGCGUGUGCGACUCACUCUGCAACAAACCAAGGAGGCAAAGAAACUUCGAGAAAAGUUACAGCCUUUGUUCACAUCGAUCGAAGACGAGGAUUCGACUGCGGAUGAAUAUGAAGUGAUUGCACUCGUCGAUCCUGGCAAUUACCGACAGAUCAAUGAACUCUUACAAAGUGAUGCAAAGGGAAAGGGACAGUUGGAGAUUAUGAAUUUGCGCGAAAAGGAAGAGGGCGAUGAAAAGUUCUAAAAUACUGGUGAAUCUAGAAUAAAGAGACUAUCCUCGUUCUUUUUAAUCCAGCGCAGUAAUUGAUUUGCACUAGAGAUGAUGUUGGGUUUGGACGUUCCGUGUUUGAAUACGACGUAAAGUUCGAAAGAUGAUGUAAUC